AUGGAGGCCCAGAUAGAUGAGCUGAUCAAUAAUGAUCCUGUUUGGUCCAGCCAAAAUGAAAGCUUGAUUUCAAAACCCUAUAACCAUAUCCUUUUGAAACCAGGCAAGAACUUUAGACUAAACUUGAUACUUCAAAUUAACAGAGUUAUGGAUUUGCCCAAAGACCAGCUGGCCAUAGUUUCGCAAAUAGUUGAGCUCUUGCAUAACUCCAGCCUUCUAAUCGACGACAUAGAAGAUAAUGCUCCCUUAAGAAGGGGACAGACCACUUCGCAUUUAAUCUUUGGCGUCCCAUCCACUAUAAAUACCGCGAAUUAUAUGUAUUUCAGAGCUAUGCAACUCGUAUCACAGCUGACCACAAAAGCGCCUCUGUACCAUGAAUUGAUUACGAUUUUCAACGAAGAAUUGAUUAAUCUACAUAGGGGACAAGGCUUGGAUAUAUAUUGGAGAGACUUUCUGCCUGAAAUCGUGCCUACUCAAGAAAUGUAUCUGAAUAUGGUCAUGAAUAAAACAGGCGGCCUUUUCAGAUUGACAUUGAGACUCAUGGAAGCGUUGUCUCCUUCCUCACACCACGGCCAUUCGUUGGUUCCUUUCAUAAAUCUUUUAGGUAUAAUUUACCAAAUUAGAGAUGAUUACUUGAAUUUGAAAGACUUUCAAAUGUCUAACGAAAAAGGCUUCGCUGAAGACAUUACAGAGGGCAAGUUAUCUUUUCCCAUUGUUCAUGCCCUUAACUUCACUAAAAUUGAAGGUCAAACUGAGCAACACAAUGAAAUUCUAAGAAUUCUCCUGUUGAGGACAAGUGAUAAAGAUAUAAAAUUAAAGCUGAUUCAAUUACUGGAAUUCCACACUAAUUCAUUGGCCUACACCAAAAAUUUUAUUAAUCAAUUAGUGAAUAUGAUAAAAAAUGAUGAUGAAAAUAAGUAUUUACCUGAUUUGGCUUCGCAUUCUAAUACCGCUACCAAUUUACAUGACGAAUUGUUAUAUAUAAUAGACCACUUAUCCGAAUUGUGA